AUGAGAUGUCCAGAUCCAGCGACAAAUCCUGCUUGUGCUGCUUGCGAAUUGACCCAUGGCCCCUCGCUUAGCCUCAACGAAAGCGCCGAGUGGAAGGCGACUAAAUCCAAAAUAAUCAACGCAAAUAUCGUUCAGGUUCAUCUGGACGAGCGAUCCAAUUCCCUUAUUCAGUGGAUGAAACAACACGGGGUGGGCACGCCUGCCGUGAUUAUCGAAGCAGCGAGCGGUAUGAUCGGCGUCAACGGCGAACCAUUCAAAAUUCUGUUGGGACCUGAAGAUAUAUCUCGAGUGCGGACAGACCAUGAGGAAUUCCUACGGAUGUUGCAAGCUCGAAUCACUGCGGCGGGGCUUCAAAACGUGAAAGUGGACGUGGCUUAG